AUGGCGACCCAGCACUCCUCUCCAGGCAGCAUGGUCUGUGCCGACGCGGAGGUUGAAGUCACCAAGGACAAUCAACUUAUCCGGCUUCGACAUAAUCGUCAGGAGGGCGUGCAUGUCAUCGUAGAAUUUGUCCCGUUCGUCGUUGGGACUAGUCAUCGGCGGUGCGUAGACGAUGAGGAUGGUGGCAAAUUUGCCUCGCCCGAGAGGCAGGCGGAGGCUCAUCAGACGAUGGUUGAUGCCCUGCGGCAGACAGAGCAGUCGUCCUACGAUGUCGUUCAAGAUGGCAAAGGCGACACCCGCGUUCCGUCGCUAUGCCCUGGGCGACAGCUCCAGAAGAAGGUGUAG